AUGGCAUGGUUCGAAUACUGCCUGUCCAAAACUGAAAGACCAUCAUACGCGUAUGAUUUGGUGUUAGCGAGUGCAUGCGUAAUGAGCACGUGCGUCGUGUGGUGUGCUGUGGUGUGGUGUGGUGUGGUGUGGUGUGUUGGCUACGAGAACUCAAUCCACCGUCGCCUGGACAACUUCAUAAUCGGACUGACCGAUGUGGACAGCUCAACUUCACCUCCGCAGAGGAACAACUAUCCAAUGUGUGCCACCUGGUCCGGUUCCGUUAAGAUGGGAAGCAAAGUUGAACUAAAAUGCAAUGCCAACCUGCCAAAAUAUAGGUACCUGAUCGCACAAGCCAGUGCUUCUGCUCCUAAUGGAAAAUUCACUAUUUGCGAACUGGAGGCCUAUGAAUCAUUGAAUGAAAAUUCAUCCAAAUGGAACAGACAGUCAAACAUGGCAUUGGCUGGAUUCCAAUUCAAGCAGUUGAACGUGAGGAGUGUGUUGGACUGCAUGCAUAAGUGCAAGCAACUGGGAGGAUGUGACUCCAUCAACUUCCAUCCAGCUUCUAAAUUGUGCCAGCUCAAUUCUCAUAUUAAUGGCUACAACAUCACCACACUUACGAGCGACACUAAUUGGUUGUUUUAUACGACAAACUUUUCUGAUAAGUAUUAA